GGACGCCGGAGCGGCACAAGGUGAUGGCUUUCGUUGGGAUCCAGACGGGGUUCGGAUCCGUCGGCCGGCGCAGAUCUAUCAGGCAGACGUGGUUGCCCUCCGAUCGCCCAGCUUGGAAGAAGCGACCGGUUUGGCUUUUAGAUUUAUUAUCGGGAAGACCAAAGAUAAAUCGAAAAUGGCGGCGCUUCAACGAGAGGUGGAUGAAUACGACGAUUUCAUGCUUUUAGAUAUCGAGGAAGAGUACAGCAAUCUUCCACAUAAAACGUUAGUUUUCUUCAAAGCAGCCUUUGCAUUAUAUGAUUCCGAUUUCUACGUUAAAGCUGAUGACGACAUUUAUCUAAGGCCAGAUCGUCUCUCACUGCUUCUGGCAAAAGAUCGACCAAACCCUCAAACUUAUCUUGGAUGCAUGAAGAAGGGGCCUGUAUUUACUGACCCAAACCUCAAAUGGUAUGAACCACUAGCAUACUUGCUCGGGAAGGAAUAUUUUCUUCAUGCUUAUGGCCCUAUAUAUGCACUUUCAGCAGAUGUAGUUUCAAGCUUGGUUGCACUGAGAAACGACAGUUUCCGAAUGUUCAGCAAUGAGGAUGUCACUAUAGGAUCCUGGAUGCUUGCAAUGAAUGUCAACCACGAGAACAUCCAUGCCCUCUGCGAACCUGACUGCACUUCAUCAUCAAUUGCCGUUUGGGACAUUCCAAAGUGCUCAGGUCUCUGUCACCCAGAAGUGAAGAUGUUAGAGCUCCAUAAAAGGGAGAUAUGUUCUGGCGGUUCGACAUCCUCAGAUAGAUGACAAGUAAUGCUCAUCUAUUUGAGAGUACGAUGGAGCACCUCCAUCUCAAAUUGGUGCUGCACGAAAAAACCAAUAUCGUCAACCUUGCAAGGAGAACAACGACACCUUAACGAUGCCUUUUGUUGUUUUGUACAAUUUGAUUUGAGAUACACCUCCAUCAUCAGUCAUUGUCUGUUGACCUCCCAAUUAGUCUCCAUUAUGAGUUCGAGUUCUAAGAGAA